AUGAGGAUGAUUUCGAGCCGUCGUUGUUUCUGUUAUUCUCCAAACUCGUCGUCGUCGUCGUUACCACAAAAGAAUACGAAGUUUGUGGUGAGGAGGAGGACGACGACGACGAGAGCAGAAAAAGAAAAAGCAGAAAAAGCAUUCACAAAAGGCGAAGAAGAAGAAGAAGAAGAAGAAGCGAACGACAACAACAUUAUUAGUAACGGUCCUCCUCCUCCUCCUCAUCAUCGAUUGAGAAUACACGAAGGCAGACACGCGUUCGAGACGAAAACGGCGAAAGAAAUGCAACGACUGUUUCUCCACUCGUUAAGAAGAGGAGGAGUGAAAGAAAAUAACGAGGAGGAAAGAACGAUGACGUCUCGCGAUGAUGUCGUCGUCAAACUCUCGGGAACCGGGAAGGCGCCGAAACAGAAGAAACCGGAAUUUAAGAAGAGCGAGUUUAGACCGGUUUUGAUCAAGAACGAGUUGAAAGUGCAACUGAUCCGGUUUACGGAGACGCAGAGUUUUACCAAGAAUUUCGCGGUGCACGAUGAAGAAGUGGAGGGGAUACUCGAGGACGUGGUCGCGAACGGCGGGUACGGGAAUUGGCGGGUGGAUAUGCGAGACGAGACGGCGUACGAUAUUCGAGUGACGAAGAGCGGAGACGCGUUCGUGUCUAGGAGUAAAAAGAGUAGGAGUAGUGUAGAAGAAGAGAGUAGUAGGAGUAACCACGACGACGAGGAUGAAUCGAAGAAGACGAACGGCGCGGACUCGACGAAGAGAUUAAUCAACACGUCGAGGAAGAACGCGUCGUUUUUAGCGAACGACCGGGAGAAGAAACGGUUGAUGCGAGCCGAUGACCCGUUUUUAGUGCAAGUGGGCGUCUCUACGAAAGAUGGGAAGAUUAAAGCGGCAAAGAGGGAUAAGUAUAAGCAAGUGGAGGAGUUUUUACAUCACUUGGAAGCUUCCCUUCCUGUUGCAUCGGACGAAGAAUAUACAUCUGCAAAGAAACCACUUAACAUCGUCGAUUUGGGAUGCGGGAACGCGUACUUGACGUUUGCGACGUAUUCGUUUCUGAAGAAUACAAAGAGUAUGGACACGAACGUCGUCGGUGUAGACGUGAAGAGGCAAAGCAAAGAGCACAACGAAGCGGUGGCGAAAGAGUUAGGUUGGGAGCGGGACGUUUCUUUCGUCCAAGGGACGAUUGAACAGGCGGAGAUACCUGGUUCUGAAAACGUAGACGUGUGUAUCGCUUUACACGCGUGCGAUACGGCGACGGAUCAAUCUUUGGUUCGAGCGGUGCGAUGGAAGACGAAGUUGAUAUUAGCGUCUCCGUGCUGUCAUCAUGAUUUACACGUUCGCAUAAAAAAGAGCGUAACGUCGUCGUCGUCGUCGUCGUCGUCGUCGUCGUCGUCGUCGUCGUCGUCGUCGUCGUCGUCGUCGUCGUCGUCUGUCUUGUUAGCUCCAAUGACGUCUAUUGCAAGACAUGGCAUAUUGUACGAAAGAACUAUAGAUAACGUGACAGAUGCAUGGCGCGCUUUGGUGCUGCGUAUACUCGGGUAUAAAGUCGACGUCGUUGAGUUCAUUGGCGGUGAACACACCGCUCGAAAUACGCUCAUCCGCGCGCGAUAUACCGGUGCAAAAGCGACGAAGGAAUUGUGGGAUGAACACGACGCAAUGGUAUCAUCGUUCGGGUGCGAAUCGUACUUGACAGAAGCUUUGAAAAAGGAAUUGGAGAGUCGAAGGAUAUCCGUUACUUGA